GUGAGGUGUGUGUGAGGCCGACCAGCAGCCGCCCCACCCAGGGAACCUCGCAGACUGGUCCCCAGGGCCGGCCGAGAGAGAGGGGACCGGCCAGGGCACCACGCCGCUGCUCCAGCUGUUGGGCUUCCGCCAGUCGCGCGGUCGCCUUCCGCCAUGGCACUCCCUGCCUACGUCCUGCUGGCGUUCGCUGCCCUCAUGGGAACGAUGUCUGCGGCGGAGGAGUUCGUGACUGUGCGGGUGUCCGAGGGCUUGGUGCGCGGCCGCAGGGCCACCACCGUGCAAGGCGGCUCCUACGUCAGCUUCCAGGGCCUGCCCUACGCCCGCCCCCCUGUCGGGGAACUUCGCUUCGAGCCCCCUCAGCCAGCUGAGAGCUGGUCAGGUGUGAGAGACGCGCUGUCAGAGGGCGCGGCCUGCAUCCAGUACAACCUGAUCGUGCGCCAGCUUGUUGGCAGCGAGGACUGCCUCUACCUCAACGUGUACACUCCACAGGUGCCAAGCGGAGAUGAUGACAGCACAACAAAGCUGCCAGUGAUGGUGUGGCUACAUGGGGGUGGAUUCGUCGAAGGCUCUGGCACGGCAGCAGCACAUGGUCCUGACUUCUUGGUUGACAGUGGUGUCAUACUCGUCACCGUCAACUACCGGCUCGGUGUCCUCGGUUUCCUGAGCACUGGAGACUCUGUGGUACCUGGAAACAUGGGCCUCAAGGAUCAGGUUGCAGCCUUGCGUUGGGUAAAGGACAACAUCAUUAAUUUUGGUGGUGAUCCCACAAAUGUAAUUUUGUCUGGUGUUAGUGCUGGAGCUUCAUCUGCUUUCAUGCAUAUGAUGUCACCCUUAUCAAAAGGUUUAUUUCACCGUGUUAUAGCUAUGGGUGGCUCACCAUUAAAUCCUUGGUCAUUCUCAGAAACAGCCAAGGAACGAUCUCACCACCUUGCAGAACACUUUGGCCUUACAACAACAGAUUCAAUAGAAUUAGUUAAGUUUCUGAGAACUAUCCCUGCAGAAAAGUUUCCACAAGCAAUGAAACAUGCUCUGAGUGAUGAGGACAAGGAACGGCUGUUUAUGUUCGUUUUUGUACCAUCGGUGGAGCCAAAUGUUGAGGGUGCCUUCCUUACAGAGCAUCCAGCAGAUAUAUUGCACAAAGGCAAAUACAUAAAUGUGCCUCUCCUUACUGGUGUUGCCAGCAGAGAAGGGAAAUUUCUGAUGAAAUGGACUGGUCUGGCAGAUGAUCCAGAGAAAGUGAAGCAUCUCAAUGAUAAUUUUAUAAAAGUUAUUGGUCCAGAUCUUCGUUUACACAGCAAAGCAGAGAGAGAAACUGCAGCAAACAAAAUAAGGGAAUUUUACUUUGGUGGAAAACCUGUGACCAAUGAAACCUUUGAAGAACUUGUGGAUCUUUUAAGUGAUGUAUACUUUCUAGAGGGAAUGAACAGUACAGUUUCAUCUAUGGCAACUAAAGCAGAAUUCCCUAUUUACUUCUACCGCUUCAGCUAUGAAGGAACCUUAUCACCUAUUUCUGUCUUCACAUAUAAUGGUGUAGCUGGUGCCUCACAUGGAGAAGAUGGUGGUUACUUAUUUACUAUGGGAGAGACACCUCUAAACCUCAGUCCUCAAUCUGAUGAACAUAAAGUUCGGAAAAUGAUAGUUAAAAUGUGGACCAAUUUCAUGAAAUCUGGUGUACCAACUGAAGAGCCUUAUGAUGACCUCAACAUUAUCUGGCCAAAGUAUACACUUAAAGAACACGAGUUUUUGGAUAUAAAUGUGAAAUCAUCCAUACAGAGGGAACUGGAACCAAAACGUCUUGGUUUCUGGAGAGGGAUAUUCCCAUCUUCAAUAUAAGUUGUGGAACUGAAAACCCAACCUAAAGCAUGUGUUUGAAGACAGUAUUGCAUCUAAUAAAACUUUUGGUGCAGAAGUGAAAGUUAAUCUGUUUUUUCCAAUGUCUUUUAAAAUCAGAGAUGAUAACUUGAAUUACAACCACUUUUACCCUU